CUUUUAAGUAGAAGGGCAGGGCUUGUGCAGCCAAUCCCACCAGAGCCAGCCUCGCUCAUAGGCAUGUGUCAUGAGACUUGCUGGUAUUUCCUUUCCACUACGCACUGAAAUUAGCUCAGGGGAAUCAUUCAGUUUUAGUUCCCUUCCUUCCCAGUGGGUCUGAGCAGGGCAGCUGAGUCGAGGGCUCAGAAAGAUGCUCUGCCUCUGUCUGUACGUGCCAGUGCUCGGGGAGACGGAGUUCGAAUACUUUGAGUCGAAGGGGCUGCCGGCUGAACUCAAAUCCAUCUUCCGCCUCAGCCUCUUCAUUCCUUCCCAGGAGUUCUCCACCUACCGCCAGUGGAAGCAGAAAAUUGUGAAGGCUGGAGACAAGGACCUGGAUGGACAGCUGGAUUUUGAGGAAUUUGUUCACUAUCUCCAGGACCAUGAAAAGAAGCUGAGGCUGGUCUUCAAGAGUUUGGAUAAAAAGAAUGAUGGCCGCAUCGACGCCCAGGAGAUUGUACAGUCUCUUCGGGACCUGGGAGUCAAGAUCUCUGAACAGCAGGCUGAGAAAAUACUCAAGAGCAUGGAUAAAAAUGGGACAAUGACAAUUGACUGGAAUGAGUGGCGAGAUUAUCACCUGCUGCACCCAGUGGAGAACAUUCCUGAAAUCAUCCUGUACUGGAAGCACUCCACGAUCUUUGAUGUAGGAGAGAACUUGACUGUCCCUGAUGAGUUCACAGUGGAAGAGAGGCAGACAGGGAUGUGGUGGAGACAUCUGGUUGCAGGUGGAGGUGCAGGUGCCGUGUCCAGAACCUGUACAGCUCCCUUGGACCGCUUGAAAGUGCUCAUGCAGGUCCAUGCCUCCCGCAGUAACAACAUGUGCAUCAUCGGUGGGUUCACUCAGAUGAUCCGGGAGGGUGGUCCGAGGUCACUGUGGCGGGGGAACGGCAUCAACGUGCUCAAGAUCGCGCCCGAAUCGGCCAUCAAGUUCAUGGCCUAUGAGCAGAUCAAGAGGUUCAUUGGUACUGACCAGGAGAUGCUGAGGAUCCACGAGCGGCUGUUGGCUGGUUCUCUGGCCGGGGCAAUUGCACAGAGCAGCAUCUACCCCAUGGAGGUUCUGAAAACACGGAUGGCUCUAAGGAAGACAGGACAAUAUUCGGGCAUGUUGGACUGUGCCAAAAACAUCCUUAAAAAGGAAGGGAUGUCUGCCUUCUACAAAGGCUACAUCCCCAACAUGCUGGGAAUCAUUCCAUACGCUGGUAUUGACCUGGCAGUCUAUGAGACACUAAAGAACACCUGGCUGCAGCGCUAUGCCGUCAACAGUGCCGACCCCGGGGUCUUUGUCCUGCUGGCCUGUGGCACCAUCUCCAGUACCUGUGGACAGCUUGCCAGUUACCCACUGGCCCUCGUGAGAACACGCAUGCAGGCCCAAGCUUCAGUGGAGGGUGCUCCCGAAGUGACAAUGAGAGGACUGUUCAAACACAUCCUGAAGACAGAGGGAGCGUUUGGGCUUUACCGGGGUCUGGCGCCGAACUUCAUGAAGGUGAUCCCAGCUGUGAGCAUCAGCUACGUGGUGUAUGAGAACUUGAAGAUGACUCUGGGCGUGGAUUCACGGUGACCAGGAGAUGCUGAGGACUUUGAACUCUGAAAUCUUGGGAUGCAAUCCCAAGACGUAUAAGCCAUCUCUCAUUCUGUGAAUGUGUCGACACUAAGCUGACUAAGCAAAGCUGUGAAAUCCCAGAUUGUUUGUGAGUCAGUAAGGGGGAGGGGAGGAUCUGGUGUCCUUUGCCAUCUUGCUACUCAGAGCUCCACAUAAACCAUCACGUGGUCCUUUUUGUUGGGCCUUUGGGAGACCAGGAGGUGAACUCCUGGGAGAAUCUUAGGGCAGGAGUUGCUGAGUUCAGUUCCCAGCAGUAUGACAGAGUAGCAAAGAUCUGGGUUACAGGUCUGCCCUCAGCCUGUUCCUGUACAGAGCUGUUUGCCUACAGAUGAGCACCUUCUGACUUGCUGAAAGAGCUUCUUUUUCCAUUCAGAGAGCUGCUUUUUCCAUUCAGUUGUUUAACUUCCUACCCAUUGUUUAAAUUUGUACAAACCUCGUGUAGGAGCUGCUGCCACACCGGGCUUGUUAUAAUGUUUACAAAUAUUCCUUUGGGUAGGAGACAUUCAUGUUCUGCUUCCAAGACUUGACAUGAAAUGUAAUUUUGAUCUAUACUGGUUUGGAGGGCUGGUGGGCAGUGGUUUAUCCAGUCAGGCUGAAGGUUGCUUAAGCCAGCCUGAUGAAGAAUUAGAAUUAUUUAUUUUUUAUAGGUUUAAGUGUGUCUCAUAAACCCACUAACAAGAUGCACUUACUAACAGAAGCAGCAGACUAGAGCCUGCAUGCCUGUAUCCUUUGCAUGCUGGGAUUGGCUUGUCUUAUACUCAGCAGGGGCUUGGGAAGGGGAAGGCAGGAGAGCCCUGGGCUGACCGGCACUGUGAUGCAUGGCUUUAGUGAACAAACACAAUAUUUCACAGCUCCUGUGCAGUUGUGCUCCCAGCACGACGUGAGAGCCCCUGUGCAGCGUUGCAUGGACCUCUCAAUUCCAUUCUGCCUGGUGCCAAGGAGAGCUGUUGGGCCUUUUCCAAACCCCGUGCCUACGCUGCUAUUUAAUCUCUUUAGACCUCUUGGUAGAUGGAUGUUCGGGUUUCCAUGGGUGCCCCGAGUCAGGAAUGUCUGCUGUGGGAGGGGGUGUUAGGGAGAGGGGCUGGUUGUCACUGGGAGAGGUGAGCUUUCAGUCCUGAAGACACGCUUGCUUGUCUUUCAAAGGGUGCUUUUCAUAAGGCUAAGGGAAAGAGAUGGCUUUAAAAUUUCUCUGAUUGCAUUAUGGGCUGCUUUAGUUAAUAGGAUCCGGCUUCUGAGGCCUGGGAGAUCCUCGUCCAACUUUUCAUUUUGGGCAAAAUGGACCAACGUUGCAUUCCACUGUUUUACUGCUUAAAGCAUAUUUAUUUUGUAUUUAUUUGAACAGAGUUAUGUUGGACUAUUUUUAUAGACUUGUUUAAAUAUUGUUACUUUGCUUAUAUUUCUCCUGUUUUAAAAAGUUCUCUAUUAGUUCUCUCACAUCACACAGCUGAGUCGUGGGGAGGGACGCUAAAGUCACUCGUGUACCCUUCCCCGUGGGGCUUGAGCUGCCUUUCCCACGUCUGGGGUUGUUGCUGGAGGACCUCAGCCCAGAGAAAUUCUGUAGCAAGAAGCCAUAGUAGAGAAGGGAGCAGGUGAGGAAGCAGAAACCUUGGGGAGAGGGUGCACUGUGAGGCUUGCCUUAGCUUGGAAUUGCCUCUGUGCAUGGCUGAAAAGAUUUGGGUGGAUGGCUGAAGUUGGGAAGUAGAAGGUGUGUGUAUGUUGGAUGUCACAACAGCUAAUUAAGAGGGAUUUUGGGAAUUUUUAGGUGAGGGGGGAGGAGAGAAAUCUCAGGGACUAAAGACAAUACACAUUUCCAGAGAGGUGGAAGGAAACUUGCACUUGGACACGAGCUGGAUCAGUGCUUUGAGGCUGAAUCAGAAGACCCUGCUGCUGAGCCAGUGCUCAUCACAUGCAGGAGGACAUGGUGAAAUGUGUGUGAGAAAUUGGAGAAGGAUUUGCUAAUACUCAGCAGCUGCUUUUUUUCUGACAGAUUUUGGUGGUUCAUGGAGAGUCUCCCAGGUGAGGCUCUGCCUUAACUCUCAGUGUUGUCAGUAGCAGCCACAUGGAAAUCUAACCAAUCUGGAUCAGUGAUGAUUUUUUUCCACCCCCCUCUUCCUGAGACCUGUCAUAAAUUCUGCAGUGGCUCCUUCCUACCAGUGUGGCCUAAUGAGAAUAUGAAUAUCAGAAUGCAAAAAUCAAUGCAAAAUGACAACCAUCUUUGUAGCUGUAACCAUAAAUUGUUAUAAUGCAAAUCUAACUCGGAUUCUUCAUGUAGGGAACAGUCUGCUAAUAAAGGUCUGUUAAAGAGA